AUCUUUUUAACAUAAAAUUUUAUGCCACAUUAGGUGUUGGUGUAAAAUUUGACUUUUUAUUUUAAAUACAAUUUUUGAUAUGAGUCUAAGAAUAUUACAUUCCUAUUUUUUACUAAAUAUUGUAUAUUACAUUACAAUUUUAAAAUAUUUAACUGUUAAUUUGAAUGCUACUCCGGAAAUUAAAAAACCAGAUUGCAAUACCAAAUUUUCAGAUUCAUAUUUAAAUCUAUUGAACACAAUAAAUCUUAAUUUUAAGGAAUGGUUGUUUAAAAAUAACGAUGACAUAAACGUUCCUGUAAUUGAUAAAAAUGAUAUUGAAUACCUAAAAAUAUCAUGCUAUAAAAAUACAAACUGCAUGAGUAAAAAAAUAAUUAGUUUAAAAAAUUUAGAAAGUGCUUUAGAAUCUUUGGAAUGUUUUCAUGGGUUUUCAAGUCUUUACAUAUUUCAUAUCAUAAGAAAUAAUAUGAAAUCUAUUAUAACAAAAUCCAAUAAAAAUAUAAAUAACAAUGCUAAAAAAUAUAGGACAAUUAAGUUUACUCAACUAAAAAAAUAUAUGAUAAAUAUGAUAUCAAUAUUUGUUAGUGGGCAUUACAUAAUAAAACUUUGGCAGUUUGAUUUUUCGAUAAAAACUAUACAAUUGGAGCCACUGGAAACCAAAAAUUUAAUUGAUACUGAAGAAGCCCAUAAUCUUAUCGACGAUGAAGCUCUAUAUUUAUCAUUGCAUACAUUUUGCCAAGAGUGUCAAGCGAAAAAUAACUUGCCAAAAUCAUUGAAGUUUUCCGAGACAAAUAGCAAAGAAAUGAAAUCUAAUAAAUUACAUCUUCCUCAUCAUCCUGAUAUUUUAAUUACACAUUUCAGAAUGUAUAACUUUAUUAGGGAUAGUAUAGAUAUAUAUAAACACCACUACUCUACUUCUCUACAAUUAAUCAACGAUUACGUAACAAAGUAUACACGAGUAUCAAACAAUAUAGAUAUACCACAUACAGAGUUCCAGAGAAGAAAAGAAAAUUUAUUUAAUAGAUUAAAAUUAAGUGAAUCGGAAAUUAAAUCCUUUGAAAGAAGUACAGUUGGCAAUGUAAAUAGUAAAGAAUGGCAUAAUAACAAAGGUUUAAGGUUGUCAUCAACAUAUUUCGGUCGUAUUUGUUCAUUACAGCCGACCACUUCUAGAGAUAACAUUCUAAAUAUAAUAAUAAGUACAUUAUUAAAUACGAAAAAUGAUAAUUAUACAAACGAUUAUCAAAAUAAUAAAAAAUAUAACGAACAUUUAGAAAAAUUAGCUGUAAAAGAAUUUGAAAAAACAACAGAAAAAAAGGUUUUGCCUUGUGGAGUAUUUGUUGACGAAGAAAUUAACUAUUUAACAGCGAGUCCAGAUGGGAUGGUUGGAGAAAAUGAAAUUAUUGAAAUUAAAUGUCCUUAUAAUAUUAAAAAUAUGACAAUUCGAGAAGGUAUUCAAAAAAUAACUUAUUUGAUGUUGGAUAAAAAUACUGAUAAAAUAUUAUUAAAACACAAUUCCUACGUUUAUUAUCAAAUACAAGGACAACUGCAUAUUGCAAAAAAGACGAAUUGCUAUCUUGUUGUUUGGACAAAUUAUGAUAUAUACAUAGAAAGAAUUCCUAAGAAUGAUGAUUUCUGGAAUAAAAAAAUUGUUAAAAAACUGACUAAUUUCUACAUGGAUUUUAUGGUUCCAAAAAUAAUUGAAAUUGAAAAUGAUUAUGAAUGCUCCAAUUAACUUAUUUCACAGUGUUUUUAAAAUUAAGGGAUUAUUCCUCAUAUAAAAUUUAAAAUAUAUCUACGCAACUAUAUAAUCUUAAUCCAAAGUCGCAUAUACUUGAGACCCUUCAAGGUGGCACAAACAAACUUUGUGAUUAUUUUGCUAUAAUUUGAUAUUAUUAAAUGUAUAAAUUCCUAGCUUUAGUAGUAAAUAAUAUAAGAAUUUUGUAAAGCAUUUUAUUGAGAAUAAAAAAUAUGUCUACAUUUUCAACAAUAAAUUAGAAACUCAUUAGAUAUGAAGGGGUGGAAAGAAAAAUUUUAAGUAAGAAAAGUAUUAAUAAAUGAAAAAUUUCAUCUGCAUUUUAUCUAAAAGAUAAAUUAUUUCAUCUUUCAUCUACAUAAUAUUUUCGCCAAAUACUUCUAUCUCAUAUAGAAGAUUUUUAACUUGAAUAUCUAUAUCUAAUCUGAAUAAUUUUCAGUUAUUUAUUCUCAACAAUGUUCACAAAUAAUUCUUUAAAAUAAUUUUUUUGCAGAUUUUGAAAGUAAUAGGCGUUCUUUAA